UGACACCUGAGCGCGGUCGCACCCGAGCGCGAUACAGGGAGACAGAGACGACCCGAGGCCAUGUCCAUAUACAUAGGCGGUCUACCUCCGCACGUGGACGAGGAUCGCAUCGUGGAUCCGUUCAAGAAGUUCGGCCCGGUGACGUGUCGCCUCUGCGCGGGCUUCGCGUUCAUCGACUACCCCGAGCAGCACAUGGCGGACGUCGCGAUGGACCACAUCCGGCCCGCGGUGGCCAACGACGGAAACCUGGGGGGAUACCCCGGCGUCACGCUGUCGUGGGGCAAGCGCUCGAUCGUGCUCAAGUACCAGGAGGAACUCGCGGAGAAGAAGAGGCGGGAUCGGGAGCGCGAGGAGAGGCGGGAUCGGGAGCGCGAGGAGAGGCGCGAGCGAAAGGCGGCGAGAAGGCGCCGGCGGAGCCGAAGCCGCGAAGGUCACGGGGGCAGGAGCCGAAGCCGGGACAAAAGUCGGGGGGGCAGGAGCCGGAGCCGGGGCAGGAACGGCGGGGACCGGGGCCGAUCCGGCGCGAGGUCGUCGUCGUCGGAGUCCUCCUCGGAGUCGGAUUCAGAGUCGGAUUCAGAGUCGGAGUCGAGGAGGCGAAAAAAGCGACGGAGGCGUAAUAAAAAGCGAAGGAGGUCGAGGAGCGCGAGCUCGUCGCGGGGAAGCGGCGAGACGAGGCGCAGGCGGAAGCACCGGAGGCAUCGCAAGCGUCGACGCCGGUCGAGGUCGAGGUCGAGGUCGAGGUCGAGGUCGAGGCCCAGGAGUCGUAGUCCGGAGAGGACGCGCGACGACGGGGACUAAAACUAGGCUUGUUACAAACGUGGCGGUGUUUG